AUGUCAUACAAUGGUAUCGGACUUUCCAGUGCCAAGGGAAGCAGUACGUCUGGAUAUGUGCAACAAUCUUUAGCUUUUAACGCUAAAAGGCAAAAUACAAAAACGGAACCAAAAAAGGCAGAUACUCAUGAGCAACGAACUUUUGUCCAAGAUGAGUCAAUCAUCUCACAUAAAGCCAGAAGGGAAAUCGAGGUUUUGGUUUCAGAAUACCGUGAUACAUUGGAGGAUGACCCCGCAGAGCUUUCCGAUGAUACAAUUGAAAAAAAAUGCGAAGAGUAUCGGAACUCAUUGUUGACCCGCAAGGGCUGA